UUUUACUCAUAAAAACAAGUCAUAAAAAUAAGAGUGCAGAGGAGCUUGAAGAUAAGCUGCUGUGCUGAAAGUAAAGAAUCUCAGAAAGCUGAAGAAGAAGAAAAAGUGGAGCCUGAAACGUGAAGAAAGCUAGAAAGAAACCUCAAGAACAGAACUCAAGAACCUCAAGCAGCUGCAGAUCUGCUUCCUAGACCAUGUCUCUGGAUGUGAAGGAGAAGACCCAGGUGCGUCUGGUGUUCAUGGGAGCAGCCGGCGUAGGCAAGACUUCGCUGAUCCGCCGCUUCCUGAAUAACACGUUUGAGACGAAGCACAGGCGCACGGUGGAGGAGCUGCACUGCAAAGACUACAAGUUCUCAGGCAUCAAGGUGAGCGUGGAGAUCCUGGACACGAGUGGCAGCUACUCGUUCCCUGCCAUGCGCAAGCUCUCCAUCCGCAAUGGCAAUGCCUUUGCACUCGUCUACUCCAUCGAUGAUGCAGAGUCUCUCGAGACAGUCAAGAAUCUGCGUGAUGAGAUCCUGGAGAUCAAGCAGGACAAGUUUACGCCCAUCGUGGUGGUCGGCAACAAGAGCGACCGUGACGAGUACAGGCAGGUGAGCUUCGAAGAUGUCCUGGCUGCAGUGGAGUUGGACUGGAACAACAACUUCCUGGAGGCAUCAGCGAAGGAGAAUGAGCAUAUCGUGGAGUUGUUCACUGAACUUCUCCAGCAAACUAACCUGCCCAGGCAGCUGAGUCCAGCACUGAGACAACGCCGGGAGACAUAUCCGAAAAACACAGGUUUCAGGCCUCCUAUGAAAAAAACCAACAGUUGCACAGUGUCCUAACCUCAGACAUCAAACAUGCUGAAGACGUUUCUCCAGGAAGGAACAUCUGCAAGAUGGAUGACGCAUCCAUACCCCUCUCUCUAUCUCUCUGUUUGAGAACAUUGAGAUCUUCUCUGCUUCGUUCUGUCAUGCAAGAGAGAAAAAUGAAUAGAGGAAAGACUGCAGCACCCAGAAUCCCUCUCUGCUUCCUGUCUGCAGGUCAGAGAGAACCUGAAGGAGAAAAAAAUACAGAAUAAAUCUCUAAAUGAACAUAAAGAAUGUAAAGACAAAGAACUGACAAAGACUCUGAAAUGUUUGUGUUGCUCCAGAAAAGACCUUCAAUCAAUGUGUUCAUAAUAGUUUGCAUUUUAUUAGUGUUGCUUGUAACAAAGCCACGCCCACCACAUUGUGAACAUUAACUUGCAUUUUUUUAAAAAGCAAUUACACACCAUGAUGACAAGCUGUUUGGGUUCUCGAUACAUAGCCAAGGGUUCCGACAAUCACCUCAUGUUCGUUUAAAGGCUUUAUGACAGAGUUAGAAGCCGAACUGCUUGGUCAUGUGAUUUGACUUGGUCAUGACUAAAAACUCAUUUCAGGAAUAAAUUUCUCAUGAAUUCAUAAAUAAAAAGAAAUGUGACGGUACAAAUGAAUCUAAUGUGCUUAUUAAUGCAGUCAUAAUAAUAGGAAAGGGGUACCCUGGCUGCAAAAGUUUUGGCACCCUGAGGUGCCAAAACCUAUCCACUUAUAAACCUGGGAACUCAUUGCAAUUGUGGUUUUUUUCCCCCCAUAUUAUGUGUUUUAUAUUCAGAACCCGUGCAUUAACUGAUGUUUAAAGAAACAUUAUCUGUAAAUAAUUAGCAUUUACAUGAAUAGAGAUAGAAAUAUAAAAGAACAGACCCUGUGUCGUUCACUGAUUGAUGAAUUUGUUGUUUUGAAUUUGGUCACAUGCAAUUUUGUCAAGUAUUUUUUUAAGUGUGUAAAAUGUUUGCUUUUUUUUUUUUUUACAUGUAUGUAGAAAAUGUGUUUCAGAGAUGAAAUAAACUCCUGAAAGUGCUUUCAUUUUCUUUUUAAAGGAUUGUACUGUUUCUGAAAUCGUG